AUGAAGGCUUCUCUCUUCGGCCUCGGCGUCCUCGCCGGUCUGGCCAGCGCAAACAUCAACUUCGAAUGGGUCAACCCCACCUGCGACCACCAAGACCCUGCCAGCCUCUGCCUGACUGGCCAGCACUGCAGCUCUUCCGAUGUCUGCGUACCCGACCUGAAGAGCGAGUACUCCAAGCUCGUCUCUCGCUCAUCUCUUCGCGUUGUUCCUGCGAAGAGACAGGCCAAGUACUCUCAGGACGGAAAGUGCGGUCCUGCUAACGGCAACCUUCUCUGCGACCCCAAGAGCACCGUCUACUCGGGCACAUGCUGCUCGCAGUACGGCUGGUGUGGAAGCACCUCCGCUCACUGCACUGAGGGCUGCCUGUCUGGCUGUGACAACGGUGCCUCCAGCGCCGCACCCGCACCCACCAAGGCCGCCACUUCGGAUGCCACUUCGCCCAGGACUGACGGCAGGUGCGGAAAGGACUUUGGCGGUGCUACAUGCGAUGCCAACGGUGCUUACGGCGGCUGCUGCUCGUCUUACGGAUACUGCGGUACCACCGAAGGUCACUGCCUCCCUGCCAACGGAUGCCAGAACGGAUGCAAGGGCACUGCUGCCACCCAACCCGGCAAGAACAACCCUGCUCCUGUCAGCAGCCGUCCUCCUUCGUCCACCACCUCCGGGGAGCCAGUUCUUGGUAAGCCCACGACUGCCGCCGCUUCCAAGCCUACCAGCGUCGCCACCACCGACGGCAGCUGCGGAGCCAAGUUCGGCAACACUGUCUGCGGUAACUGGGCCCAAGGAAGCUGCUGCUCCAUGUACGGCUACUGUGGUAACACCACCUCUCACUGCGGCGAGGGUUGCCAGAACGGUCCCUGCCUCAGGGCUCCCAGCGUUCCUGCUCCUGCUGCCAGCCCUGCUCCUCGCGCCGCUAAGCCCGGUAGCAUCCAGCUCAAGGGCCGCUCCGGUGUCCCUGCUAUGCACGCUGGUCUCAUGCCCAACGGCAAGGUUGUCUUCCUUGACAAGGUCGAGAACUACACUGAACUCAAGCUCGCCAACGGCCAGUAUGCCUACUCUUCCGAGUGGGACCCUGUCACUGACAAGCUGACCCCCUUGGCCUACAAGACCAAUGCCUUCUGCUCCGGUGGUAUCUUCCUUGCUGAUGGCCGCUUCGUUUCUCUCGGUGGUAACGCUCCUCUCGACUUCAUUGACCCCACUGUCGGUGAUGGUUUCAGGGGUAUCCGUAUCCUCAAGCGCUCUUCCUCAGAUGCCUCGCUUGAUGGACAGGCCUGGAACGAGCCCGGUGCCCAGCUCGACACUCCCCGUUGGUACGCUUCCGUCCAGAUCAUGCCCGACAACUCCAUCUUUGUCGCAUCUGGAUCCAAGAACGGCCUCGACCCCUCAAAGCCUGAGAACAACAACCCUACCUACGAGAUGCUCAACGCCGAUGGUUCUCCCCGUGGAAAGAGCUACAACAUGGAGAUUCUCAGCAAGAACCAGCCCUACUACAUGUACCCCUUCAUGCACCUGAUGAAGGACGGCAACCUGUUCGUCCAAGUCUCCAAGUCUGCCGAGGUCUUCAAGGUUGACACCGGAGCCGUUGUUCGCACUCUGCCCGACCUUCCCGGUUCCUACCGCACCUACCCCAACACCGGUGGAUCCGUCAUGCUCCCUCUCUCAUCUGCCAACGACUACAACCCCGACAUCAUCAUCUGCGGUGGUGGCCCUUACCAAGACAUCACUGCUCCUGCUGACCCGUCCUGCGGUCGCAUCAGGCCUCUCGAUGCCGACCCAGAGUGGGAGAUGGACUCCAUGCCCGAGGGCCGCGGUAUGGUUGAGGGAACUCUCCUCCCCGACGGUACCGUCGUCUGGGUCAACGGUGCUCAAGAGGGUGCUCAAGGUUUCGGUGUUGCUCAGGACCCUGCUCUCGAGGUCCUUCUGUACGACCCCAACCAGCCCAAGGGCAAGCGCUUCACCACUGGCCCUGCCUCCACCAUCGCCCGUCUCUACCACAGUGUCGCUCUCCUCCUCCUCGACGGUACCCUGCUCAUCUCCGGCUCCAACCCCGUCGAGCAGCCCAUCCUCAAGCCCGACGCCAAGAACCCCUACGUCACCGAGUUCCGCAACGAGAUCUACACUCCCCCCUACCUCCAGGGCAACCCCACUCGUCCUUCAGCCGUCCAGAUCUCUUCCAAGGAGCUCGUGAUGCAGCAGAAGUUCAACAUCAAGUUCAACGCUCCUGCCAACGCUAAGAACGUCAAGAUCUCGCUCUACUACGGUGGAUUCGUUACUCACUCUGUCCACAUGGGUCACCGCAUGAUCUUCCUCGACAACACCGGCUUCAAGGCUGGCGCCACCGCCCAGAGCUUGACCGUCACCAUGCCCCCUAACCGGGCUGUUGCCCCCGCUGGUCCUUACGUCAUUUACGUUGUCGUUGAUGGUGUUCCCGCUAUGGGACAGUUUGUUCACGUUUCGUAG